AUGCCGGCAACAGGACCUCCGACCAUCGCGACUCGCGAGCUUCACUACGCCUUCCCGGACGGCAGCAAAGGUUUGCAGGACAUCAACCUCGAUCUUCCCGCGAAUGCGAGAUGUCUUCUCAUUGGUGCGAAUGGCGCUGGUAAGACGACCCUCCUGCGUCUCCUCUCCGGAAAGCGGAUGGCACCAUCCGGCACCGUGAGCGUAGCAUCAGUCGACCCUUUUGACACUGGCUUGGAAGGUGUCACGUAUCUAGGUCUGGAGUGGGUUUUGAAUCCAAUCGUGAGGAGUGAUAUCGCCGUCCCAGAGCUGUUGAAGUCUGUUGGAGGUGAUCACUAUCCGGAGCGCCGUGACGAGCUGGUGAAGAUUCUGGAUGUUGAUCUCUCAUGGCACUUGCAUGCCGUCUCCGAUGGCGAGCGUAGACGAGUGCAACUCUGCAUGGGCCUGCUUCGACCCUGGACCGUCCUGUUGCUGGAUGAGAUUACCGUGGACUUGGAUCUUCUGUCUCGCCACAACUUCUUGCAGUUUCUGAAACAGGAGACCGAAACCCGUAGUUGCACCAUUGUCUAUGCAACGCACAUCUUGGACAACUUGGCCCAGUGGCCUACUCACUUGGUGCACAUGUCGCUGGGUAAAGUCAAGAAGUGGGGCAGCAUUAAUGAUUUCGAAGUCCCAAUGACUGAAGGCGGCGUGGAUGGAAACAGUAGACUAGGCCAUCUGGUCAUGGGAUGGCUGCGCGAGGAUCUCAGCGAGAGAGGCCCCCGAAACAACCCUGGAUCCGAUGGUAAAACAUACCAGAGUCUUGAAGGUAAAGGUGGUUAUGGAGAUGAGAGCAAGGCCAGGAAGUGA